UGGAUCGGCCUGUUCAGCGACACCUGGAGGUGGUCAGAUGGGAGCAGUUCCUCUUUUAGAAACUGGGAUCCUGAAGUUGGAGACAAGAACUGUGCCUUGUUAAAAAGUUCUGGACAAUGGAGAUCUGCUGAUUGUGAUGAAACAAAACCUUUCUUCUGCUACGACGAUGAAGUGAUCCUGAUUAAAGAGAGGAAGACCUGGGAGGAGGCCGAGGAUUACUGCAGCGUCCACCACCAUGGUCUGGUGUCUAUCACUAACCCACUCCAGCAGAGAAGGGUCCAGAUUAGAGCCAAGAACGCCGACACUGACUAUGUCUGGUUGGGACUGCGCUUCUCCUGCGUUCUGGAUUUGUGGUUCUGGGUCAGUGACCAGCUGGUCUGCUAUGACAACUGGGACCCAGAACAAAAGACUGAAAGGUGUGACAGGGCUGCAGCCAUGAAGAAAGGAGGAGAUAAGUGGGUCACAAAAGCUGAAACUGCAAAGUUUAAUUUCAUCUGCGCUUUACAUUAA